ACCUGCACCGCACCUGUCAAUACUAAAUGGAGCGUUUGUUUACUCGAUUGUCAAAAUAAAAAAUCCCACUUUGAAGAUGAAGAGAAACGAUAAGAAUUUCCAUUGUUUGCAUCGUUGCAUUGUUUAAAAAAUUCAUUAUUUGCAUUAUUGCAUUGUUUAAAAAAUUCUUCACAACAACAGGUCCCAAGAAUGUGGAAAGCAAGAGUCAUCACAGCGUCUGAUAGAAUUUUUCCAGGGCUAAUUUAUCACGACCGGGAAAAACAGUUUUACGAUGCUGGGAACAUCAUCAAGUCUAGUUUGCCUCUGCAAAUGGCUCUGUACUUCAACCUCUGGCUUUUUCCAGUAUGGUUUCUCGUUAUUUUUUUAGGAAUAGACGCAAAGUAUUAUUAUUUGAGUAGUCUCUAUAAAUUUAUUACUGUGACGCUAUACAUCACAAUUUCUACACUGGAAUGCCUCAGACUGUGGUUCGGAUAUCUCGGGAAUUUAGUUGAAAAGAUUCCUGAAUUGGCCAGUUUCUGGCUACUCUCGACUCUCCUUCAAUUUCCCCUGAUGAUGUUCACGUUCUGGGACGACAAUAUGCAAUUAUUUCUCAUUGAGAGAAUGGCCACAGGCCUGAUGAUUGUCCUGGUGAUUGCUGAGAUAAUAAGUGGGACGAUGGCCCUGAAGAACAUCGCAGAGCAUCACUCCAAGAGGUUUUACAUGUCCCAGCUGUGUGGGAUUGAUAACAAGUACUGAGGAGUCAAUUGCUGCUGAGGAAUUACCUGGCGAGCCAGAGUAGAGCAUCAGCAGCAACCGCAUUCUUCCCUGUCUUCUUCUCCAUCAGAAUCAAAUUCUGAAGUGUCGCAUGACUGAUUUUGUCAAUGUUGUACCUCUGGGAGAUUUUCUAUAAUUGUCCAAUACGACUAUGUUACGACAUUUAGUCGUUGAGGAUGCGAUUUUCAAUGCUGUACAUUCGUCAAUUAAAUUAUGUAAAAAAAUUACAUUUUGCAAAAAACAAAAAACAUUUUUCAACACUCCCUCGACGAAUGAA